UUCUGUUGGGCAUGCCACCCUCCAUGUCUCGGCAUGACAUGUUUGUAGACACGCAAGAGGCUUCGCCACCAGUAGCAAACGAAGAGGUGGCGCCAGUGUCAGUGCUAACUCCAGAAGACAACGAAAGGGUGGGUCCAGAGAGGCAAGGAGAACAGGUCCCAGCGGUCGAUCCAGAUAAGGGGCCAGAUGAGGGGGUCGCAGGACAGGAAGCAGUGCCGAAUCUAGCUACAAAAGAGCCGGAGAAACAUGAAGCUUCGCCUUCGACCUUUGUAUCCAGUCUACACGUAAGCAGUGUCGAACAACGGACCGGCGGUCCAAGUAAAGGGGAUGUUUUUCCAGUCAGUGAGGGAGAUCGCGAAGGUAGCGACGGGUCUGGUAUUAUAUAUAGUCUUGCCUAGGAGCAAGGAGCGUGACUUAAAACACGAUGUGGGAGUAAGCCACAGCUUGAGCGGUGCGUUCGAGGAGC